AUGCUUCUGUCUGUUUCCGAUCCCAGCUAUCAAGGCCUACGCAACGUGAUCAUAAAAGCCGUCGACGACAAACCAUCGGUAACUGCUGAUGAGGUUCGCUUGGUCAUGAAGAGGUACGAGACGCGUACAAGCGACGCUAAACUCAACUACGGUGUGACGAAGGAGGACCCAACUACUCCAACCGUAUUCGCCACCACACUGAGGAAGCCAGCAAAGAAGACAGCAAAGAACCCCCAAGCCGCCGGUCGUCAGUCAGUCAAGGAGCAAGCAUCUUGUGCUGGCUGUGGUGGGGACCACAUUCGUCGAGACUGCAAAUUUCGCAAGGCGAAAUGCAACGUCUGCCGAAAACUUGGUCAUAUCGCCAAAGUUUGUCGUGCAACUGGGUCGAACGCUGUCUACAUCAACAGGGUGCUCGAAACUUCGCAGCUUUCUGAGGGUCGAACCUUCGUCACGGUCGACGUCAACGGGUCACCCAUCGAAUUCCGCGCAGAUUCUGGGGCGGACAUCUCUACGAUUGGGAUACAGACCUGGAAGUCUCUCGGGAGCCCGGCGCUCACAGAGUACGGGAACCAAUGCACGCAUGUUGAUGGUGAUGAUAUCAAGCUGAUGGGCUAUUUCAUGGCGAAAUUCACUCACAACGGGAAGACCGUUCAAGAACCUCUACUCGUUCUCGCGAGGGGCAAAUCGAGCCUGCUCUGCGGUCGCCUGCUGAUACAGCUCGGCUUGGUAGUCUGGAAAGUCGAGAAUCCACAACCUGAAGUGGGCCUCGUCAACUCGGCUUCCGUACAGUCAAAUUAUCCGAAGCUCUUCGAGGCAGGGCUUGGGCUCUGCAACAAAGUGACCGUGCAGCUUCGCUUACGAGAAAACGCCACUCCGGUUCAUCUGAGGCCUCGUCCGGUCGCCAUAGCGCUCCAAGAACAAAUCGAUAAGGAGUUGGACAGGCUCAUACAGAAUGGAACUCUGACCAAAGUGGAUUUCUCCGAGUGGGCCACCCCGAUCGUGGUCGUCAAGAAAGCGAACGGCUCCAUACGUGUUUGUGCCGAUUAUUCUACCGGGCUCAAUGAAGCUCUCGUUGAUAUCGAGCAUCCAUUACCAAAUAUGGAGGAAAUCAUGACCAAGUUCUCGGGGAACAGAGUCUUUUCCCAGUUGGACUUGGCCGACGCCUACCUCCAACUACCCCUGGAUGAGAACAGUCAGCGGGUGACGACAAUCACCACGCACAGGGGCCUGUUCCAAUACACCCGACUUGUUUUUGGACUGAAGACCGCGCCGUCUAUCUUCCAAAAGACGAUCGAGCAGGUGCUAAUGGGAAUGGAGGGCGUCUUGGUCUACCUAGAUGACAUCCUGGUGAUGGCCCCGGAUACCGAGCGGCAUGAUCAACGCCUGAACCGGGUUCUCCAACGGUUGCAAGACUCCGGGUUCCAUUUGAAGCUAGAGAAGUGCUAUUUCCACGUUCCGAAAGUCAAAUAUUUGGGAAUGGUGGUUUCAUCAAGGGGGAUCGAGGCCGACCCGUCCCGAAUUUCUGUUAUCAAGGAACUUCGUCCGCCCAGAAACCAGAAAGAAGUCAGAUCACUUCUUGGAAUGGUCAAUUAUUACGGGAAAUUCGUUGAUAACAUGCAUCGUCACAAACCCUUGUUGGAGGCUCUUCUUAAGAAAGAUGUGCGAUUCGUGUGGACACCUGAACAUGAGAAGGCCUUGGCGAAAAUCAAAGAGAUCCUUACCGGUCCCCUGCUGCUCACGCACUAUGAUCCGAGGCAAACUCUACUCGUCGCCGCAGAUGCAAGUCCAUCGGGUAUCGGGGGAGUUUUGUUACAACGAUACGCCGAUGGUAAUGAAAAGGCUGUCUUCCACAUGUCCAAGUCGCUCACGAAAGCACAACGCAACUACUCCCAGAUCGAGAAAGAGGCGCUCGCUUUGGUGACGGCUGUAGAACGAUUCCGCAAAUUCAUCUGGGGAAGACAUUUCAUACUGCAAACGGAUCAUCGGCCUCUACUCGCGCUUUUCCGGACCUCUAAUACGAAAGGCCUGCAGGAGCGAACUGCUGCCCGACUCCGUCGAUGGGCACUGCGGUUGCUUGGUUUCAAUUUCGACAUAGAGUAUGUCCGUACUGACGACUUCGGGCAGGCGGAUGCGUGGUCACGGCUCGUCUCGGAAGCAAGGCUCAGCAGCCAGGACUCGGAUCUCGAUGAGACCGCGAAAGAUCCCGUCCUGUCAAAAGUCUUGUUGCGACUCAUGGAUGGUUGGAAUGAAAGUGACAAGAAAGAUCCACUGCUCCGCCCAUUCUAUAAUGCCGCUGAUUCCUUGUGCAUGCUGAAUGGAAUACUCCUGCUCAGCGAUCGGACAGUCGUUCCAAAAAAAGUUCAGAGUCUUGUUCUGGAACAACUACACAGAGGUCAUCCAGGUAUACGGCGUAUGAAAGGGUUGGCACGACGGCACUUCUUCUGGCCGGCCAUGAACGCAGACGUCGAGAGGUUGGUUCGAGCUUGCGAGCACUGUGUUCAGACAGCGUCGAAACCAGUGAAAGUACCGCUAUCACCGUGGCCGAACACCGGUAAGGUCUGGUCAAGGGUGCACGUCGAUUUGGGUGAGCCUAAGAAAGGCAAAUCGUUCAUUGUUGUCGUGGACAGUUUCUCUAAAUUCAUGGAUGCCCAGUGGUUGCCUUCGAUAACCGCUCAGUCCGUGAUCAGUUAUCUGCGGAGUCUGUUCCGAGUACUAGGUCAACCAGAGACCAUCGUCUCAGAUAAUGGACGACAAUUCACCGCAGCGGAUUUUGCCAAGUUUUGUGAGGAGCUCAACAUUGUGCACUUGCGUUGCGCGCCAUACAUGCCGCAGAGCAAUGGUUGUGCCGAACGCAUGGUAAGAACAAUCAAAUCCGCGCUCGAUUCAUCUUCUGACUCACUGGAGGCCGUUGUGUACGCGUACAACUACACUCCCAACGUUGCUUUGGAAGAUGAAAAGUCACCGGGUGAAGUUUUCUUCGGUCGUUCUCGCAAAACGCCUUUCGAUGUCUUUAAACCGAAACAUGCCAGUGCGGACAUGUCGCCAGCUCAAGAGCAGUUCAAGAAUCAAUUCGACCAGCAUCAUGGUGUACGCCGCCGGGUUUUCGUCGUAGGGGAAGAGGUAACGAUACAGCUUCCGAGCGGUAAACGCGAACAGGGCCGUGUCGUGAAGUUGCUCGGCGCCUGUAUGCUGGAGGUCGAAGUCGCGGGUAAGGUCCUAGUCCGUCAUUAUGAUCAGGUGUGGAAGUGGUCUCCGAGUGUGGGAGCCCAAGCGUCCCGGGCCAUUGAUCCUGAUGUCGAGGACGUGCUGGCAGACAUCGCGAUUGCGAGUCCCCGGUUAUUGCCGUCGUCCUCCACCCCUCUGCGGUCAUCGCCGACGAUCUCUUCAUCACCCUCGCCCUCCUCGCCGCCUUCAUCUCCUGGAACGCCGGAUUCAAGUGAGCCGGAUUAUGAGUCAGCUGAGGAGGCGGAGCAGUCACCGUCCUCGUCUUCUACGGAGUCGGGAGUCCUCGUUCCCAUCGCAGCACCUACGCCAACGCGGAUGCAACCCGCACGGCAGUGCAAGAAGACGCCGUCUCGGAAAGACACCGUGUGA